AAUUAAUCCAACAAUUUCGGUUGAGAGACGUUUCAUUCUCCCCUCUCUCUCUCUCUCUCUCUCUCUCUCCCCGAUAAUCUUCGAUUCUCUCUCUAGACAGAGCAUCGAAUCGUAGUAAUUUGGCGCAAGAAAUGGAGAUGAGAAUGGAGGAAUCUCGCUCGCACGGUCUCCUGUCAACAGCUCGCAGCGAAGGACUCCUCGCCGAAGACCAAAUAGCCAGACGGUUUCCGAAAAACUCUAUACAGAACAACACGCCUCGAAGUUGUAAGUUCAGGACGUGUUAAGGUUUUUCAACUUAGGGUUUCGCAGUCUUCUCUUUUGGAUCUUACACGAAGCUUUAAAUUCUGAGGAUUGAACUCAGCAUCUUUAGGGUUUCCAAGACACUUUCAUGCUUUUCAAGGUUAAUUUGUAAUUUCAGUGUUUCUCACGGUGUAUAUCGGCCACAAGUUUAAGUUUGGAACUUUUAAGGGGGUUUUACUGGUCUAUAUGUAAAAUUUCGGAUUUCUAGGGUUUCAAGUAGUUCUUGAAUGUUCUCACUGUUGAUAGUGUCUAAAAAUCGCUUCUAGGGUUUCAAUUGCUUAUUGAAUGUUCCCGCUGUUGAUUGUGCCUAAAAUUCGGGAUAGAGAAGAUUUCUGGUUUUUAGGUAUUUCUGUGGUGGAUAGAGAAGAUUUGGUACUUUGUAAGGGGAUUUAUCAAUCUGGGUGCACGAUUUCGGAUUUCGUAGGGUAUUCAAUGGUUGCGCCUGAAAAAUCCGGUAUUAGGGUUUGAAAAUUUCAAUGGCUGGAAGGGGAGAAUUAGGGUUUCCAAAGACAAGUACUUGUAGUUUAAGGGAACAGUUGGCACGAACAACUCUAAAGAAUGUAAGAUCGCAGGGUCACACUUACAUCGAACUCAGGGGAGAUGGGAAGAGGUCCAUAUUCUUCUGCACGCUGUGUCUGGCGCCCUGUUAUAGCGAUGCGGUUUUGUUUGAUCACCUGAAAGGUAAUCUCCACACUGAAAGGCUUGCCGCUGCUAGAGCGACCUUGCUUAAGCCGAAUCCCUGGCCGUUUAACGACGGUGUGCUUUUCUUUCAGGGUUCAGCUGAGCAAGAUAAACAGCUGUUACCCAACUCAACUGCCGAUCGAAAUGGGUUGUUAGCCCUUAAAAAUGGCGAUCGAAAUAUGCUAGCUCUUGUUUCUCAUGGAGAACAUGUAAGGCUCAAUAGUAAUGGACAUAUUUCUCAUAAUGGGUCUGGCUGUAGUGAGGAAUCUGACUCUGUAGGCAGUGACUUCGAUUGUGAUGGCAGCUCACCUGAUAGGUAUGUGAAUAAUAAAAAUGGUAAUGGUAGUUCAGACGAUAGUUGUAUGAAUCGUGAUGGGGGCACUUAUAAUUUAGUUGUACCAGGGGUUUUUCAUGGGGAUGAAAUUUCUGAUCUAGAAGUGAUGUUCGUGGGAGUUGGACAAAUUGCUGCUAGGUUCUUCUUGAAGGAUGAAAUCCAGAAUGGAAUUUCUAGGAUUUGGUGUGAAUGGCUUGGAAAGAAUCAGGAUGUGGACGGCUCUCUGGUUCCAGAGCAUGACUUUGCGGUUGUUACCUUUGCUUACAAUUAUGGUUUAGGUAGGAAGGGGUUACUUGAUGAUGAGAGGUAUCUACUCUCCUCAAAUCCUGGGGAAGAAACUGAGGUUAUUGAGGAUGGUAGAAAGAAAAGGAAGAAGUCGUUCUCUGAUCCAGAAGAUAUUAGUGAGUCUUUGAGUAAGCAGUAUGAUUCUUCCGGUGAAGAUUCCCAGUCUUCAAAUAGUUGUAGUUCAAGAUUGCUGUUACAAGGUUAUGACGAUCAGCUUCUGCAUUCAAGGGUGAUAUCAAGUAAAAAAAUGAGGAGAGAGUUGAGGCGACAACAGCGGGUAGCUGCCGAGAGAAUGUGUGAUAUCUGUCAACAAAAGAUUCUUCCUGGAAAAGAUGUGGCAGCACUCCUGAACAAGAAGACCGGAAGACUUGUUUGCAGUAGUAGAAAUGUCAAUGGGGCAUUUCACCUGUUUCAUAUAUCCUGCCUUGUACACUGGAUACUUUUCUGUGAGGUAGAGAUAUACACCAAACAGUUGCUCAGUCCCAAAGUGAAACGAAGAUCAAGGAGGAAAACUGGAGCCAAGCGCAAUGCAUCCAAGGAGGAAGGUGAUUUAAGAAAGCAAAUUUACUGCGCGUUUUGUCCAGAGUGCCAGGGCACGGGUAUCAAUAUUGAUGGAGAUGAGUUGGAGAAACCAACUGUUCCUCUUUCAGAGAUGUUCAAGUACAAAAUUAAAGUGAGUGAUGCGCGUAGAGCUUGGAUGAAAAGUCCUGAGGUGCUGCAGAACUGCUCCACUGGCUUCUGUUUCCCGUCCCCGUCUGAUGAACCAGUUCAGGUCCUAAGAUUUCUGAUCUUGUUGUUUUAUUUGGAAAUUUAUGAAAAAACAAUGAUCACUUUGGUUUGUUUAAAUGACUAAUGAUUUGAUUUACUAUUUAUAUGGUUUUUGAUGGAUGUUAAUUUUGUUCAUCUUUAUUGUAAUAUCAGGAAAAUGUGUCACCAUUGAAGUUGCUGCACUUCUAUCGUGCUGAGGAGUAGAGUUGGGUAGAAUUAGAGACAGAUCCCUGAAUCAUGGAAGUAAUCGUUCUCUAUUUUUCUGCAAAAAUUAUAUGUAAAUUAUCUGUGUUGCAUACGUGUUUAACCUGUCGUAGAUGUUUGACUUGUAAAGAGAACAACGAACUAGUAUGUGAAUAGUAGUAGUUGCAUCAGGGCAGGCCGACUCUUUUGGCUGUCCGGUAUAUCCAACCUUGUAUGUUUCGUUUCGUAAUAGUGGUGCAAAUAGUAGUGUACAAUGCUCAAACUUGUUCUCCGCUUUUACUAAUUUCAGAUCAAUUCCUUCUUUUGGAA